AUGAAGAGCAGACAGCCUCCGCAUGGCGGCGCCGCCACGGCCGCGGCGCAGAGGACGAGGAACCGACAGCGGCUGGGCGGGAGGGGCGUUGGCCUGUCGCUGAUGUCCUUUGCGAACGCCAAGUCCACCGACACGGGUUACAACCCAGCCAUCAUAAGUGAGUCUCGGAAGAUCGAUCCCCUCCGCGUAUUAGGGUUUCCCUGAUUUUUCUUCCUCCGGUGUGCUGCUUUAGGGUUUUCGCCGUUUGAAGGGCAUCUUCUGAUCUCUCUUUUGUUUCAAUACGUCGUAGUUUUACGCAGGAUUAUUAUCGUAUGCUGCCUUUCGUUGUCUUUGAUCGUAUGAUAUGCAGAGUGUCAGGAAAUCGCAUGAUUAGGAGAAGUUUCUUGUGAAUUGGCGCUUGAUGGAUUCAUUGAUUGUAUAGAUGAUAGAAUUCGGGAUUGACGGACUCUGGCACGGAGUUGUGGUGAAUCAAUGAACGAAUCAAUGAAAGAGGUGCAGCGUAGCGAUCGAUAGAUCGAAUAAUUUCUAGGAAAAUAACGUUUGAUUAUCGCGUAUCUUCCUCAUUUCUCGCAAGUUGCAGCGGCUCCCUCAUUGCGGCUUCAUCCAUUGUCUACCUGUAUUGUUUCAUAUCAGAGUGUAUAUCAUGCGCAAGCACAAUCUCUCCUGAAAUGGGACAUUUGUCUUAAUAAUUCUAGCAUUUGCUUAGAUCCCAGGAGGAAAUUUCCUCGUCUUGAUCAUCACACCUGUUGUUCUCUUGUUUCCUGUCCCCAGAAAAGCAGAGGGAGUUCUACAAGAACGCGAAAAUUGUGAAGAAAUAUAAGAAGACAGUGAAACAAAGAAAUCAACAGGAGGAAAAGCACCUUCCCGAUGAAUUAGUUCAUGAGGUACGUAAUAACUUUUUUGGGCUUUCCUGUGCGCUUUUAAUUCCUCUAUUUGCGUGUUCUUUGGAAUGAUCUGACGAUAACCAGGGCAUAUGAUUCAAAAAUAUUUCGUAAAGAUACCAAACUGAAUCUUUCUGGAACUUGGGAUCAUCCGUUAGAAUCUCCGAUCCUUCUCUAGAACGUGUAAAUGCUCUACAUCUGCAUCUGCGUCUGCCUGGUGGGCUCUUAUGAAUGUGAUGAAGAAGUUCAUUGGAUAAUCGACGGAAGGACACUUUAUGUGGGAGGAUCAGCUGAAUUGGAUUCUUAUCUUAUGGUCUUCGCCUUCAUCAUGCCGAAGGUGCAUAACUUAGAUCUUCACUUGGUAGCAUCUCUUGAUAAAAUAACCAUAUGAAAGGAUCAGACCCCAUUGAUCCCUGGCGAGCCCAUCAGACAUGCGAUUACAGAGGUGAUGGCAGUGUGGGCGGCAGGGGUGGGAGGGAUGCCUGAUCGUGAUUCUGGAAUAGUCUCCUUCUGGGUUUUUUUUUCCUUUCAUGGACUUAUCGGAGGUAGAUUAGAAGCACUAAAAAUGGCAAAGAAUUGAGAAAAGUCCGAGGGGGAAUCAGAUCAGUACAGGUAAGCUGUCUUUAGUAUUCUAGGCUGGUUACAUAGAGGGAAGAACAACGCUGGAAUCUCGGGUUGACUGCUCGUGAGAGACCCAUCGCAGAAGCUGUGGUUUCUAGUUGUUUGAUGCCGCUGUGAAUUAAUUGUUGCGGAGUACGAAAGUUACCAGAUUAGGAACUCGGGGGUCAAUAUAUCAAAGCAAUCUGGGUACCAAUCUCUGCUUGGAAGAUUCACAGCAGUGGAACGAUUUCUGCUUAUUUAUCUUUUGUUCUGCCAUCUCUCUCUCUCUCUCUGGGGAGAUUUGGUCCUCCUUACUGCGCUCGAUAUUCUUAGAUUUGGAUGAGAGUUUUUGGGUGUCGUUAGUUUUCCUUUCCUCAUCGUUCCUUGUGUUGAUUAUGUUCUGCCGGGUAAUUUUUCGCAUGUUCGGGGCGAGCAGGACGGCGACGAGAACGGGGAGAAGAACACGCCAGCAGAUGCGAAGAACGAGAAGAAGAAGAAGAAGAGGAGGAAGGAGGUGCGGCUGCAGAGCCUGAGAGAGGAGUACGAGAAGAGGCAAGAGGAGAAGGAGAGGGAGAGGAAGGAGCGAGAGGCGGCGAUCCAGGCGAGGAAGGAGGAGAGGGCGAGGGCGAAAGCCGGGCGCAAGGCCCUGAGGGAGAAGAUGUUCAAGAGGACCUCCUCCGGUCAACCCGUCAUGAGGUACCGCAUCGAGCAUGUCCUCCAGAACAUCCUCCAGAGCCCUCCCAAUUAG